UAGAGACACACAGACCGCGACCGUUAUGUCCUCUUCUCUGCGGCUCGUCCUCCUCUUCCUCCUCCUCGGCCCGUCUUCCUCCGCCUGCCGGUUCCGGAUCCCGCCUCACGAGCAGGUGGCCCGGGUCGCGCGCUUCAUCGCGCACCGGUGCGACUGGACCUCCAUGGCCACCAUAUCCACUCGCAGCCCGGUGGUGGGUCAGCCGUUCUCCAACGUGUUCUCGGUGAGCGACGGACCCCCCGGGACCAGCACCGGGGUUCCCUACAUGUACCUGACCCGCAUGGAGAUCUCGGUCCAGGAUCUGCAGGUGAAUCCUCAGGCGUCUCUGUCCAUGUCUCUGGCUCAGACAGAUUACUGCCGGCAGCAGGGCUUCGACCCUCAAAGUCCACUCUGCGCCCACAUCAUCCUGUCUGGAUCUGUGCUUGAGGUAAACGGCACGGAGGCGGAGUUUGCAAAGAAAGCUCUGUUCACCCGCCACCCAGAGAUGAUCGACUGGCCGGUGGACCACAGCUGGUUCUUCGCCAAGUUCAACAUCACCCAGGUGUGGGUGUUGGAUUAUUUUGGGGGGGUGAAGACCGUCAGUCCAGAGGAGUACUACCAGGCUGCACCUCACAGGAAGUCCCUCUGACGGAAUUGAACCUUCAACCUGAAGAGCUGCAGGAUCGAUAAUGGCGUGAUGUCCACGAGACGCUGAGCUCCCGAGUCUUUAACUUUAAACAAAUGUUUUUAAUCUGUUUAGAUCUAAACAUCAAACUGAUUCACUUCAUCAUUUUUAAAUGAAACAAGACAAUUUUUUUUUUUACAUGGAAAUUUUUACUCGAUCAAUUUUAAAACGUAAAUUUUGCCGUGAAAGUUUAUAAUUUUGAAGUGAACUUGUGCCGCGUAUAAUCCCUCUUAGUUCAACUAAACCUCCCAACAGAGUAUAUUUUUUAUAAAGAAUUUCAAACUUAAACAUUUAAACGUUUUGUUUAUUUAACAAUGAUUAUCCUGUCUGUAGAAACAUGUUUGAAAAUAAGUUUAAUAUUUAAAAAUAAGUUGUUUCAGAUUCUGACCACUAGAGGGAGACACUCAAGAGUUUUUAUUCUCUUUUCAGAAGUUUUCAAACCUUAAAUCUUCUGAUUCCAAAUAUCUUCUUUAGUUUGACCAGUUUUUUUAUUAUAUCAGAAGGAAUUAUGUUAAAAAUAUAUAUUUUUAUAGUUCAUAUCAGGACCCCCGACUUGGGGUUUUGUGGGCCGUAGUGGGGCCCCGACCCGCUCUUUGGGAACCCCUGCCCAGUUUCCAGUCAGAUUAAGAUGUUUGGUGUUUUAUUCAAUUUACAUGAGAGUUCUAGCGUUACUUAUCUGUAUUUUUCUUAUAUUUUUUGUUUGUUUUUCAGGAAUAAAGCAGAAAGAUUUUAAAUAUUUUCGAAAAGAUCGCAGAUUAUGCUCUGAAUUUGCACUGAAACGUUAAAACCAAAAGUCCACUUUUUACAGAAACACGUUUAGAGGAAGAAACGAGCAUUUACAGACGAGAUAUUUAAUAAUAAUGUUGAUUAAUUAGUCUUAUUUCAAUUUUAGUUCUCAUUUUUACUUUGAACUUCAGUCACAAACUGAUAUAAAUGUGAUUAACAGAUGUAACUUAUUGCAGAAAGGUUUAGUUGAAACGCUCUUAAAACCUUAUUUUUUUAAUCUUUCGUAUAUUUAAGUUCGUUUCAAAAAGCUUUGUUGUCUUGAAAUGUUUUUAUAAUCAAAAGCUUUCUAAAUUUUAUAAAAUCGAGAUUAAAUGU